AUGGCCGACAUGCAUGCUCGACACAUCGAAAAUCUUCCGAGUCAGUAUAUCGAUGCAGCGAGAGCUUUAUCGAAAGCCAGAGCGCUCAAAUUUCUCACAGAUAUAUGGUUCCCAAUCUUCAAAUCAGCCGUACAUGUCCUCUACAGAAACAAAACAAUACCUCUGACAUCGCACAAUGAUUACCCUCGUUUCCCCUAUGGUUACGUCCGAGGGAUUGUGGAUAAUAUCUCGGAUGCCCCAAAAUUGGCUGGCAGCGUCCUCGGUCAAGAGGUGGAGGUUUACACUGUCCCAGCCCCGGUCAGUCAGCACAUGCCUGCUCGAGAUGGUUCCAAGGAUGAAGCAGAUCCCAGCGAUGUACGUGAAGAUAACAAGGCUCGACGUUCUUCUCUCUCCCGGACUAGCCCCGCCGACUUGGAAUUUCGAACACACGACGUUCCAAGCCAGCAGGGAAUAUGGACAGCUGUUUCCUAG